GAUUCUUGUUAGAUAAGUGGAUAUAUUUAAUAUAUUUAAUAAAUGUACACUGAUUGACUUAUUUCAAACACAUUCGGUGCUCACAAUUAAAAGAUGGAUUUUUUUAUACUAACCAUUCGGUUUAUUAUUGCAUUGAAUUUCCUCGCCGAGUUAAUCAAUUGGUUAAAAUAAACACUGAACGUGUUCGUCCGUUCGACGGUUCGUACUUCGUAUAAAUGUUUGCGCAAUCAAAGCGGUUUAUCUGAAUGAAAAACUCAAGGUUUUCCGAAAAUGGUAUCGAUCUACUGGCAAGCAAUUCUAAAAAUUGUUAUAAAACGUGUCGUUGAAUGUACUUAAUGCGGAGUAGAAUUCAUUGAAAAGAAAAUUCAUAUUCGCGUAUUUAUAUAUACACAAAAAACACCCACUACAACACUACGAUAGCGAUGGCGACAGAUAUAACGCGGGUGUACAUAUGCGGCCCUCACAGCACGGGUAAAACCACUCUUCUCAAUGACCUCCGACCGCACGUGCCCGAGUUGCACGUGCUUCACGAAGUCGCGCGCGGGAUCAUCAAGAGUCACGGGUGGUGUCGAGACAACUACGUUCCCGACAAGCACCCGGAAGUGUUCAAGCAGUUGAAUGUGGAGAUUCUCGAGGCGCAGAUCAAACUGGAGAGGGAAUACUCCGAGCAGGGAAAACAUUUCAUCUGUGAUCGUGCCAUCGACCCGAUCGUUUACGGACAGUACUAUGUGGGACCGGAAGCACGUGACGUCAUGCUUGGACUCCCUGGUUUGUCCGGCUGGUUUGAGAGUUUACGACGUUCUCUCGUGAUCCUGGUGGCGCCUCACCACGAGAUCAUCAAAGACGACAGCGUUCGGCUGACCUCGAGCAUUGAAGAGCUGCGCGAUUUUUACAACGUGUUCGCGGCUGAGUUGAAUUACCAGAAGAUCCCGUAUGUAGCGCUGUAUGACCUUGACCGCAAGGUCAGGGUCGAGCGCGUGUUAAAUGAAUUGAAGAAGUUCCAGACCAGUCGAACAAGGUUCUAAUUUGCGUUUUAAUUAUGUCAAUUUUUUUUAUCUUUAUAGAUUUUAUUUGUUACAAAUGGCAUCCUGUAAGUUCUUUUUCAUAUUAACAUUUAAUCCUUUUUCAUAUUUACAUUUAAUCCAUAUUUUCAGACAUUGUAUUUACGUUGGAUUUGUGAUUAAUCAAAAUGACAUUGAAUGGCUAGUAAGUACCUCAUACGUGAACUGUGUAUAUACAUGUACAUCGCGAGCUUGGUAUUAAGAGAAAUAACUUACGAAUACAUAUUUAUUUUUCAACUUUAAGAGUUGUCUUCUUUUGGCCAUUAAGGGCAUUUUAACAUCAGAUAAACUAUGUAUGGUUUGAACAUUAAAUAUAUGUUCAUUUAUUGACAAAUACACAUGUUUCAAUUAAAUUUGGAUUCGUG